AUGAUAGUAGUAAAUUUAACAUCUCAAAAUCCAAUUGAAAACCAAUUAAAUGCAUAUUUAGAGCUUAAUGAUUUGAAUAUCUUAACUGAGGAAAUGUUUGAUGAUUCUGAAAUUAUCAAAGUU